ACCGCCUCUUGCCGAGGUGAUCUAGUCUCCUCCGGGAGGGCCGUUUCUUGCCCCGCGGGUCCCAGACGGGGGUUCUGGGAGGUGGGAGACAGUUCUAGCCGAGUGGCCCUUGUUCUGUGCGAACGCGGGCGCGCCUCGAACUCCCGGGCCUGGCCAGGCUGGGCGCGGGGCUCCGCUCCUCCCGCGUCCCUGGACCGUGGAGGUUCGCCGGCACUGGCGGCGGGAGAAACUUAACCCGGCCGGGAAGUUAUUCCUGCGUCCGACAGGGUCUCUCGAUGCGGAGCCGAAUAACUUUGUGUUUUUGCGUUCAGCCUGUCUCUUGUGGCUCGUGGCGCGCGGGGAGGUUUCGGUGUACCUGCGGAGGGCGUACCUGUGCGUGAGGAGGAGAAAGGGCAAGAUCCAGCCUGAGUGACCCGCGUGCCAGCCUCUCCGUGUAAGGGUGGCCCCUGGGUGGGGUGAAGCUCCACCGUCUCUCCUCUGGUCCCUGACGUCAGCGUGGGCCACCGACUGCAAGAUGAACUGCCGAUCGGAGGUGCUGGAGGUUUCGGUCGAGGGGCGGCAGGUGGAGGAGGCCAUGCUGGCCGUGCUGCACACGGUGCUCCUGCACCGCAGCACCGGCAAGUUCCACUACAAGAAGGAGGGCACCUACUCCAUCGGCACCGUGGGCACCCAGGAUGUGGACUGCGACUUCAUUGACUUCACCUACGUGCGUGUCUCCUCGGAGGAGCUGGACCGCGCUCUGCGCAAGGUCGUCGGGGAAUUCAGGGAUGCUCUGCGCAACUCUGGGGGCGACGGGCUGGGGCAGAUGUCCCUGGAGUUCUACCAGAAGAAGAAGUCUCGCUGGCCGUUCUCCGACGAGUGCAUCCCCUGGGAAGUAUGGACGGUCAAGGUGCACGUGGUGGCCCUGGCCACGGAGCAGGAGCGGCAGAUCUGCCGAGAGAAGGUGGGGGAGAAGCUCUGCGAGAAGAUCAUCAACAUCGUGGAGGUGAUGAACCGGCACGAGUACCUGCCCAAGAUGCCCACGCAGUCAGAGGUGGACAACGUGUUUGACACGGGCUUGCGGGACGUGCAGCCCUACCUCUAUAAGAUUUCCUUCCAGAUCACUGAUGCCCUGGGCUCCUCCGUCACCACCACCAUGCGCAGGCUCAUCAAAGACACCCUGGCCCUCUAGGUCUCUCCAGGGCCUCGGUGCUCCUUGAUGGCUUAUGGACCUUGGCUUCUGGGGAUCGUACUGUUAGGCCCUUGGGGCUCUGGAACCUGCUCCGGGUCCUUGAUGAGACUUGGAGGGGGCUCCCUGGCUUCCUCAUAGUGUGGUUGCCAGUCCUUGGUCGUCCUUGUCACCUUCACUGACGGUCAAGUCUGGCCUGCACUGUCUCUCCAUACUCCUGGUUUUCGGGGGGUGGGGUUCCCCUUUCCUGCACUGUACAGAGCAGCCAUCACUAGGAUGGUGAAUAAAGCUGAGAAUGUGAGUUUGGGU